AUGGGUGGUCAAUGGUCACAGUUCUUCCCGCCAAAGCCCACAUACACCGAGGCCGACCUUGGGACACAAGAUGGCAGGGUUAUCUUGAUCACGGGAGGCGCCUCAGGAAUUGGCUUGGAGAUUUCUACCAUGCUUUACCGCAAGAAUGCACGCGUGUAUAUCGCAGGCAGGUCAGAAAAGAACGCACGCCGUGCUAUUCAAGCAAUCCAAGCAGCGAACCCUUCGUCCACCGGCACCCUCGACUUUCUUCACGUUGAACUGGAUGACCUGAGGACGAUCAAGUCAUGCGCCGACGCAUUCAAGGCGAAGGAAUCGCGCCUCGACCUCCUAUUUCACAAUGCAGGUGUUUCGCAGCCUCCGCUAGGGAGCGUCUCAAAGCAGGGCGUUGAAUUGCAGCUUGCAACCAACUGUCUCGGACCAUUCCUACUCACUCAGUUUCUACUCCCCCUUCUUCAGCAGACCGCAUCCUCGGCAGCACCAGGAAGCGUCCGCGUCAUAUGGACCAGCAGCCAAAUGGCCGAGUUGAGCGCCCCCAAGGGGGGUCUCAUAAUGGACGAAAUACGUUCACCACCGAAUGACAAGGGCAGGAAUUACACCAACUCCAAAACAGGAAAUAUCUUCUUGUCUGCCGAGCUUGCGCAUCGUCAUCCAGCCAGCACGUCGGGGAUCGUGAGCGUGUCGCUCAACCCAGGAGCCGCUGCCACGAACCUAUUUCGCCACACACCUUUGCUUCCGUACCUGGCGUGGCCACUGAUGUACACUGCAAACUUGGCAGCACAUACGCAACUAUUUGCCGGCAUCUCCCCGGAUAUAACGGUCAACAAUAGCGGGUGUUAUGUCGUUCCUUUUGGGAGGCUGGCGGACUUGAGACAAGACAUUGUUGAAGGAGCAAAGAGAAAAGAGGAAGGCGGACUGGGCCUUGCAGGAGAGUUCUGGGACUGGUGUGAGGAGAGGACGAGAGAUUACAUGGCUGCCAAGGGCAUCUGCACUGCCCAUCCGUUUAGCGCUGCGUUCAAGUCCAGCCGCACUGUAGGAAGUAAUGUUGGGCUUUCCUGCAUGUCCCAGUCAGCCGACAUCCUGAGACAUGGCUUCCAGGUUUAUGUAUAUGUGAUCUCCGCCGUUGCGUCGCAUUCUUUCCUCCCCAAGACUCCGCAUCCAUCCCCCCGCUCGCUGACGGUGUCAACUCAGACUCGGACCAGAAUGCAGGAAGAACACCUCAGCAAAAACGGAAGUGAGGAGGAGGAAGCGCACGACCCAUCGCAUCCUCCAACGGAAAUAUCCGACCAGUCGGGGGAUCAGCACGAUGACAACCCCCUCGACGACGACAACGAGAUUGCUGCGCCGCGAGAGCAGUUGGCUAACAUCUUAUCUAGUGAACAAAUAGAGAGCUGGAGGGACACGCAGGCUCUUGCGUAUCAACUCCUCCUCCAAUCACUGCACUCGGCAAACCAGUCCCACGAAGACCUGCCUCCUGACAUCGACGCUGCAAUCUUCGACAGGAUUAGCUCGCAGUUCCACCAAAACAUCCUGGCCUCCUUCAAUCCUGCCCCCGAGCAACCAACUCAGCUUCCGCUUGAGCCGAAGAAAGUCCGUGACAUCAGAGUCCUGGUCACCAUCGGAGAAAAUGUUUACAGAGCUCUUACUACCUUCCCGGGGGACUUGUUGUUGUGGGAACUUCUCGGCCCGAAGUGGCAGACACGCUACGCCUUGGAUUUCUAUGUUCAUGCAAUCAUAUCCUACGCUGGAGAUGAUCUUUACCGCGCCAUUGGGGGCAUGCUCAUCUUCCCACUGGUGACUACGCUAGGAGGAUUGAACGCCAUCCACUUCCUCCUUGGCUUGCGUCAAGCAACGUCUAUCACAUGGCCUGAUGCCUCUUCCACAAAGAUCCCGCUGGCAAAGCUUGUCGAGGAGUAUACGCUUGACCUCGAGUUGGAACACUGGCUGAAGUAUCUGACCGCCUCCCCGUUCAUCCUGGUGACGCUGUUCCUUCGAGCUACUUACGAAACCAUUCGCUGGAUCUUCCCCAGCAUUUGGCUCAGACUGCCCGCGGUUUCCGCAUUGACUGCUGGAGUUUGUUACCAUCGAAUGUACAACUCCCAGUCUACUAUAGCCCAGAGUGUUGCGCACUGGCCUAGACCCGUUAUUCGAGAGGUACGACGGUUUAUGGUUUUCAUUCUUGAUCUAGAAGCCUCAGUCAGAAUGCAUGCUGUCCGCCUGAUGUGUACAUUCAAGACUCGGGGCCUCGGACAAUACACUUACACGCCUCUUGACGCCAACAACGCCGAGUUUAGGCUGUUGCAGCUGGAACCGAUCUCUGGCGACAACCUCGUUCGCUGUUGGCUGGUGAGCGUACCGCUAGGAGAGCACCGCAGCAAGGAAGCAUACGAGGCAAUCUCAUACCGGUGGGGAAAUGAAAGACGAAACUUUCCCAUUGUCAUUGACGGCAAGCGUUUCUUGGUCACGAGAACCGUCUUUGAGCUUCUCCACGCCCUGCAGACCAAGGACAGGGGUAGGUAUGUCUGGAUCGAUGCCAUCUGCAUUAACCAGGGUCAUGAACACGCGUCAGCCGACAAGCCUGCCUCCGUUGAAGACCUGGAUGAAAAGUCCAACCAAGUUGCGUUGAUGGGGACCAUCUACCGUAAUGCGAGCCGAGUCAUCGCCUGGGUUGGGGGUACGGCCAAUGGACGAGGUGCCCUCUCUUUCAUCAACAAGACCGCCUGUCGAGACCCAGAAGCCAUGGACAACUUCGAAUAUGAGAGAAUCACGGUAGAACUAUGGCCGUGGACGAUCCUUACCACUUGGCUGAGAGUUAUUGAGCUGUUUAAGCAGCCAUACUUUCGCCGCAUGUGGAUGUUGCAGGAAGUAGCCCUGGGGAGAAAGGUCGUGGUAAAGCAUGGAGCUGAGGAAGCCGACUGGGAUGAUAUCUCUCCCCUCGUGAACUUCAUGAUGGGGAGCGAUGGUGAGCCAUUCCUUCACGAACCUGGGUUCUGGACCGUUUGGUACAAUUUUCCGACCACCAUCCUUGGCGUCAAAGGAGCCCAUGUGAUGAGCUUGGUCCGAAACCAAGUCGCCGGGUGGAACGCCGAAGGAAAUCCCCGGUCCGAGCCCGUCAGCCAGGAGUGGGAUCAAGACCGUGUCGGUCGUCUUCCACUGGAUACUUUGCUUGGCCUGACAACGGACCUCUCGGCUUCGAAUAUCAAGGACAAGAUCUAUGCCGUCCUUGGCCUGACGCAGCAAGAAACCCGCCAGCAUAUCAAUAUUGAGUACGACGACACGAUUCUGCCUGCUGGAGAUUUAUUGCGCGACAGUGCCAAGCACAUCUUGACUGGUCGCCAUGAGCCUGCCGAACGAUUGGGUCUCGCCGGCUGGGGCUUCGAGCUAUCUGGGCUUGACGCUGAUGAUGACCAUAUCUGGGCGGCUUCGCCCUGGUCGUUCAUUGUGCUAUGGAUGAGGCGGGUGCUGUGGUGGAAAGCGCCUGCAUCACUGCUGAGUCUCCCGUCGUGGGUGCCUCACUGGACACUGAGCAGGUUUCAACUGCCUGCUAUGGAACCUAUUGGAUACAAUGCUGGUGCGCAUGGCACAAAACUCUUUGAGGAGAUCCCGGGUCGACCCAAUUGCAUACGAGCCUCAUUAUCUAUCGUGGACGAAAUCGAAUUGCUGGGAAAGCCCUUUUUGACGGUAGUAGAGUUGCUGGAACGCCCAACAGCCUUUUUAAACAACAUACGUGCCUUCGUUCUAGAGGCAAAGAGCUUCGCAGCUCAGCUCCACAGGGAUGCGCUCGCGCGCGAAGAACCGAUCUCCGAGGAUGGAUUGGUAGAGGCGCUGUACCGGACGAUAUUUUGCGAUUAUGCCACGGGGUCCUUGCCCCCGAUGGACACGUCCGUUCUUUUCCAACACGUGUCUACUUGUGAGGCUCUCCUCGCGGCGAAGGGAUACCCAAGACAGGCGGACGGCAAGGCUCAUGAGAAGCUCGGUUUCGAGCUCGGUCGGUCAAUUGGGGGUAAGAGCUUCUGCGUCACGAAGGGCGGGAGAUUCGGGAUCGUUCCUCCAAGGAGUCGGGUUGGCGAUAGCAUUGUGAUGGCAUGGGGCACCCCUUUGCCGCUGGUUAUGCGAUCGGCGUUGCGACAUCAAGAGCUGCUGUUGAGAGAGCCUGGGAAACAAGCACCGAUAGUUGGGCCUUUGGAAGGAGAUGAGCAUGUGUUGAUGGGGGGCUGCUACGUGCAUGGAGUGAUGCUGGGUGAGCUGCGGCCCACGGAAUAUCCGCCAGAAAUGGUGGUUCUGAGAUGA